GACCCUUUGGGAGGCUUCCCUUCCUGCGUCGGGCCGCAGGGCGAGUCGGGAAACGAUUUUAAACUGCAGAGGCGGUAGAGGAAUUGAACUGCGUUUUCUCAGCGGUGUGAUUUCUGACUGGUUUUUAAUCCCUGCUGGGCUCAGCUGAAGAGGGACGAGUUGGGAAGCACUGUCCUUUUGCCUUUCCCCCUCCGCGGGCAGAAGCCGACUCCGCAGGAGCGAGGUUCGCAGAGGAAAUUUGAGUCUCCUAAACAUAGUUUUGGAGCCAGACUUGAAGAAUGGUUGGUGAAUCCGGAAUGGGUGACAGCGUUGUCACUGCAUUUUAUUAGACCAUGGAUUCUUACAAUAUACCAGAAUCAACUACUAGACAAAGUGCCUCAAGGCCUGAAAAUUACUUUAUAGGUGCCACCCCUCUGCAGAAGCGACUGGAAUCGGUCAGGAAGCAGACUACGUUUGUCCCAUCUCCACCUCGAAGGAAAAUUCCCCAGUGUUCUCAAUUGCAGGAAAAUGUUGAUCCUCAAAAGGUUGCAUUUCUUCUGCGUAAACAGUGGACUUUAUAUAGUUUAACUCCCCUGUAUAAAUUCUCCUAUACUAAUCUCAAGGAGUAUUCUAGGCUUCUGAGUGCAUUUAUUGUUGCUGAAAAGCAAAAAGGACUUGCUGUGGAAGUGGGAGAAGACUUCAACAUCAAAGCGAUCUUCUCUACUCUCCUAGGAAUCAAAGGAACACAAAGGGACUCUGAAGCAUUUCUUGUCCAGAUUCUAUCAAAAUCUCAAUUGUCAUCUGAGAACAGAGAAGGUAAAGUGUUGUGGACUGGUUGGUUCUGCUGUAUAUUUGGAGAUAGUCUUCUGGAGACUGUUUCAGAAGAUUUCACCUGUCUACCUUUAUUCCUUGCAAAUGGAGCAGAGUCCAAUACAGCUUUAAUUGGAACUUGGUUUCAGAAGACCUUCGACUGUUAUUUUAGUCCUUUAGCAAUCAAUGCGUUUAAUCUUUCCUGGCUGGCUGCUAUGUGGACUGCAUGCAAAAUGGAUCAUUAUAUGACUACUACUGAAUUUCUUUGGUCUGUACCCUGUAACCCUCAAAGUCUGGACAUUUCUUAUGCAAUACAUCCAGAGGAUGCAAAAGCUUUGUGGGACAGUGUCCACAAAACACCUGGGGAGGUAACACAGGAGGAAGUUGACUUAUUCAUGGACUGCCUUUAUUCACAUUUUUAUAGGCAUUUCAAAAUUCAUUUAUCAGCCACAAGAUUGGUUCGUGUUUCAACAUCUGUAGCUUCAGCACAUACUGAUGGAAGAAUAAAGAUUCUGUGUCAUAAAUAUCUUACUGGAGUGUUAGCAUAUUUGACAGAACUGGCAAUUUCUCAAAUUGACUGAGGCCUUGUGUGGACUGUAAGUUAUGGAUUAUAUGUAGUAUGCUCUUUUCUCAUUAGUUAUUUGCCUAAUUGCUAUUUUGAAAGAGACUUCAGGAGAAAUGGGCAUCUAUCUCUCUGCAUCUGUUUUUUCCACUGUGCCUUUGGAUUUGCCAGGAGGGAAGCCAAGAGGAUCUAGAAGAACAAAGAAUGCAGUUGAAGAACCACUGCGAGGUGGUUGUCAUAGUUGUGAUGAUCUGGCAUGCCACUCUUUGGAAAAUGCUGUGUGUGUGGCCGGGCAUGGUGGCUCAUGCCUGUAAUCCUAGCGCUCUGGGAGGCUGAGGCAGGAGGAUUAUUAUCCAGGAAUUUGAGGUUGCUGCGAUGUAUGCUGACACCACGGCCCUCUGGCCUGGGCAAUACAGUGAGACUCUUGUCUCAAAAAAAAAGGGAAAAAAAAAGAAAAUGUUGAGUUGUUAAUUUGUUGGUCAUCUUUAAAAAAAAAAAAAAAAUAUAUAUAUAUACAUAUAAUGUUUAUUACGUCAAACUUUUAGGAUUCAAAUGAGGUCUAAUUUUGAGUGUUUUUCAUUUGGUCUUUAAAACCAUUAAUCCCUUUUAAGCAUUUUAAACUUGAAUUCACAAAGAAGUCUGUCUUCUAAAGACAUUUUCCUAGUUUCACUUUGCUGUAGAUAACUGACAGUCAAAAUCUCCUCAAAAAGAAACUAAAGAUUAAUAAUAUAGAUUUUACCACUACUAUGCUUCUGUUUUUAAUACUUUCCAACUCCUUCUGCAAUAUUGAAUUAAAUGUUUACUUUUAAGAUGAA